CAAUUAACUCAAUUAUUGUAAUUCCUGUGGAUUCAGGGCAGUGAAGAGCUGAUAAUUUGUAUAUGAGCAUAAAGCUGCUUUUGAAUCCAUCUAAGUUCCAAUAAUUGCUUCACCAGUCGAUGAAUUACUAUAAUUCAGGAGUGUCAACACCAAAACUAAAGCUCCACUAUUAAAAGGUUAAUUUGACUCUCUGUUAACCAUGACAUAAACAUGUCUGAUUUCAGUGUCAGAUUAAAACCAAAACCUGAUUCUUUCUUUGGGUUUGUCCUGGAAUGUUGUUCUUUCAAUCAGGCAGGUGUAGCCAGAUGAGUGAGGAGAAGCAGAAAUGUCCUUCUGGGCAGACAUGACCCAUACGUGGAGAAGCUCAUCUAAAUACCAGGUCAGGAAAGGUCCGUUUGACUUGGAGGACAUGGAGGCCGUGACGAGGACGGAGGUGUGGCAUCCCAGACAGAGUUUAAAAGCUGCUGUUUGCUGAGUGACUUUGAGCAGCGACUCAAGGACCACACAGCAAACAGGUCUGUGUUCCAGGAGGGAGUCUUCAUUGACAACACUGAAACUUUUUUAGGUUCAUAGAAGAUGUUUCUGUUAGGAGCUUUGUUAAUGAAUUUGUAAAAUAUGUCUCCUAAACUCAGGUCAAGAUGGGAGGUCUCUCUGGAUGGUCUGGAUCCAUGCUAGCUCUCCUCCUGAUCUUCUCCAUGCAGACUGGGAGUGGAUCAGGAAACACAGCACCUGAUUGUUCAUCCAUUCGGAAUGGAGCCAGUGGGGUUUACAGCAUCCAACCUGCAGGAUUUAGAUACAGCUUUCAGGCUUACUGUGAGAUGGGUGCAAAUGGAAUCUGGACGGUGAUCCAGAAGCGUACUGGAGGAGCAGUGGCCUUCGACAGGGAAUGGGCAGCAUAUAAGAAUGGAUUUGGAUUUGCAUCAUGGGAUCACUGGCUCGGUCUGGAGAAGAUUUCUGCAAUGACCAAAUCCAAGAGGUGGAAACUGAGAGUGGACCUGUGGGACUUUGAAGGUGGCAGUGCUUAUGCUGAGUAUGAAGACUUCAGGGUCGGAGAUGAGAGCUCAAAUUACAGACUGAGUGUUGGCAGAUACAGAGGAACCGCAGGUGAUGCGAUCCGGGGAGCGUAUCCUGGCAUCAACCAAAAUGGCUUUGGCUUCAGCACCUUUGACCGCGACAAUGACGGCUGUGACCCUUGCCUCUUCGGUGACAUUUUGGUGGGGAAAUGCACAGAGUAUGAGCGUGGCGGCUGGUGGUACAGCAAGUGCGGCUCUGCCAGUCUGAACGGAGACUGGCAUCCCAAAGGGCAGCACAUUGGUUGGUCUACAGGUCUUCACUGGCGCACUUGGAAAGGACCUGCGCCCUACUCAGCCAGGGCCACCAGAAUGAUGAUCACUCCCAUGUAAUGCUUUCAAAGUGUUUCUGUGUUUUCAGGCAUGCUUACAAUGCAAAACAAUUUGAAACUUCUAAUCAAGCUUUUUAAACACGUUUGAAUGAUUUUUAAAUUUGCAUCACCCAAAGGAAUCUAAAAUAAA